GGCAGAAAGCAGCGCAGUUUGUUUUGUGCGCGCGUCGUGAACGGUUGUGUUGUGCAAAGUCGCAUAGUUGCUGAAUAUUGCAAUUUGCGAUUUGCGAUUGCCUGACUAACGCGAUUCUCUAGUUUUAGUUCGCGUUCUCUUGAUUGUUAUUACUUAAAGAUUUAGCCAGACGUUUUAUUGUAACUAUUUGGCAAAAACAAAUACAUCGGUUUAACCCAACAAAAGAAGACGAAGAAGAAAAAGCAGUAAGCGCGCCGUCUCUUUCGCACCGAUCGCGUUUUUUCCAAAAAAGAUGUGAGAAAUGAAUAAUUAAAACUAGAAUCUAGACUAAAAAGUAGAAAAGCCGAAAACCGAAAAUCGAAAACAUUAAAGAAAAUCUGAGAAGAGAUAUCAAUAGCCAACAACAAAUGCUCAAAUCUGCGGCGUCGUCGCUGCGUCGACGUCGUCCAAAAACAACAACAGCCAUUAAGAUGCCGCAGUCGGCGACACUGCUUGCAGCGCUGCUCUUGCUCUGCUACUGCGACAGCUGCUUUUUUUGUUACGCGGAUGCCAAUCCGCAGACGCAGCAGCAGAAUCCGCUUGUCCAGCAGCAGCAGCUCCAGGCCCCACGAUUCACCACGCAUCCAUCGUCAUCGGGGUCGAUUGUCAGCGAGGGCACCACCAAGAUACUACAGUGUCAGGCGCUGGGAUACCCGCAGCCCUCAUACCGAUGGCUGAAGGACGGCGUCCCCGUGGGCGACUUCUCAUCCAGCCAGUUCUACCGAUUCCACAGCACUCGACGCGAGGAUGCGGGCAGCUACCAGUGCAUUGCCAGAAAUGACGCCGGAUCCAUAUUCAGCGAGAAGACCGACGUUGUCGUUGCCUACAUGGGCAUUUUUGAGAACACCACCGAGGGUCGUUUGUCGGUGAUCAGUGGCCAUCCCGCGAUAUUCGAUAUGCCAGCUAUUGAUUCGGUGCCGGUGCCGUCGGUUAUGUGGCAAUCGGAGAACGGACCUUUGACCUACGACAUCAAGUACGCCUUCACCCAGGCCAAUCAGCUGGUCAUCCUGAGUGCGGAUGAGAACGAUCGCAGGGGGUAUCGUGCCAAGGCGACCAACACGCAGUUGGGCAAAGAGGAGAGCAGUGCCUUUGUCCAUCUGAAUGUCAGUGGCGAUCCCUACAUAGAAGUGGCGCCCGAAAUCAUAGUGCGUCCGCAGGACGUGAAGGUCAAAAUGGGAACGGGUGUGGUGGAGCUGCAGUGCAUUGCGAAUGCCAGGCCGCUGCACGAGUUGGAAACGCUUUGGCUGAAGGAUGGCCUUGCCGUGGAGACGGCCGGAGUACGGCACACUCUAAACGAUCCCUGGAAUCGAACCCUGGCCCUGUUGCAGGUGAAUAGCUCCCAUUCCGGUGAAUACACCUGCCAGGUGCGGUUGCGCAGUGGCGGCUAUCCGACCGUGAGUGCUUCGGCCCGCCUCCAAAUCCUCGAACCGCCGGUCUUCAUACCCAUGCGAGCGGAAACGUUUGGGGAAUUCGGCGGACAGGUGCAGCUAACCUGCGAUGUUGUGGGCGAACCCAGGCCCCAGGUCAAGUGGUUCAGGAACGCCGAGCCCGUGGAUGCACACAUUGAGAGUGGCAGAUACACGUUGAACCCCGAUAAUACGCUGGUAAUUAAGAAACUAAUCCUGGAUGAUGCCGCCAUGUUUCAGUGUUUGGCCAUCAACGAAGCGGGCGAGAACUCGGCGAGCACUUGGUUGCGCGUUAAAACAAAAACGGCCAAGAUCCGCGUGAAGCGUUUGGCCCAGCCGCGAAUCCUGAGGGUAAGAGCUUCGCAUGCUGGCUUGGGAUCGGAAAAGGGAUCGGGAUCGGGAUCAGGUUCCUCCGGUAGACGCAAGGAGUUUCGCUUUGCAUCGGCUCCAAUCAUGGAACUGCCGCCCCAGAAUGUGACCGCCUUGGAUGGCAAGGAUGCGACUAUAUCCUGCCGAGCUGUUGGAUCGCCCAACCCGAACAUCACCUGGAUAUACAAUGAGACCCAACUGGUGGACAUAUCCAGCCGGGUGCAGAUACUCGAAUCGGGGGACCUGCUCAUCUCGAACAUCCGAUCCGUGGACGCGGGUCUGUACAUCUGCGUGCGGGCCAACGAGGCGGGCAGCGUCAAGGGCGAGGCCUAUUUGAGUGUUUUGGUGCGGACACAAAUCAUCCAGCCGCCGGUGGACACAACGGUGCUACUUGGCCUCACCGCCACCCUGCAGUGCAAGGUGUCCAGUGAUCCCAGUGUGCCGUACAACAUUGACUGGUAUCGCGAGGGUCAGUCGUCGACGCCCAUCAGUAAUUCGCAGCGCAUUGGCGUCCAGGCGGACGGGCAACUGGAGAUCCAGGCGGUGCGGGCCAGCGAUGUGGGCAGCUAUGCCUGUGUGGUCACCUCUCCCGGGGGAAAUGAGACGCGGUCCGCCCGCCUCAGCGUCAUCGAGCUCCCCUUCCCGCCCAGCAACGUGAAGGUGGAGCGACUGGCGGAGCCGCAGCAGCGCAGCAUCAACGUGUCCUGGACACCGGGAUUCGAUGGCAACAGUCCAAUAUCCAAAUUUAUUAUCCAGCGACGUGAGGUCUCCGAAUUGGAAAAAUUCGUAGGUCCAGUUCCAGAUCCCCUGCUCAACUGGAUCACCGAACUGAGCAAUGUCUCGGCGGAUCAACGAUGGAUCCUGCUCGAGAACCUCAAGGCCGCCACCGUGUAUCAGUUUAGGGUUAGUGCAGUGAAUCGCGUGGGCGAAGGUUCGCCAUCGGAACCCAGUAAUGUCGUCGAACUGCCCCAGGAAGCUCCUUCCGGUCCACCGGUGGGAUUUGUUGGCUCCGCUCGCUCCAUGUCGGAGAUCAUAUCGCAGUGGCAACCGCCAUUGGAGGAGCAUCGCAAUGGCCAGAUCCUGGGCUACAUCCUGCGAUAUCGGCUAUUUGGCUACAACAAUGUCCCGUGGUCCUAUCAAAAUAUCACAAACGAAGCGCAACGCAACUUUCUGAUCCAGGAACUGAUCACCUGGAAGGAUUACAUUGUACAGAUCGCUGCCUAUAACAACAUGGGCGUGGGUGUCUACACCGAGGGUUCCAAAAUUAAGACCAAGGAGGGCGUCCCAGAAGCACCGCCCACGAAUGUGAAAGUCGAGGCCAUCAACUCGACGGCGGCCAGAUGCCGCUGGACUCCACCUAAUCCGCAGCAGAUAAAUGGUAUCAAUCAGGGCUAUAAGAUUCAGGCAUGGCAACGUCGCUUGAUCGAUGGCGAGGGGAGGGAUAUUGAAAGGCGCAUGAUGACCGUGCCCCCGAGUGUGAUUGAUCCACUGGCGGAACAGACGGCCAUCCUCGGAGGACUGGAGAAGUUUGCCGAAUACAAUAUCAGUGUGCUCUGCUUCACGGAUCCCGGCGAUGGUGUGGCCAGUGUGCAAGUGCCAGUGAUGACCCUGGAUGAUGUGCCCGAUGAGGUUACCUCUCUGCAUUUUGACGAUGUCUCCGAUCGAUCUGUUAAAGUGCUUUGGGCACCGCCACGCUUUUCGAACGGUAUCCUAACUGGCUAUACGGUUCGCUACCAAGUCAAAGAUCGCCCGGAUACACUGAAAUCCUUCAAUCUCACAGCGGACGAUACAGAGCUGACGGUGAAUCAACUGCAGGCCACCACGCACUAUUGGUUUGAGAUCUUCGCGUGGACACGAGUGGGCAGUGGAACCCCGAAAACAGCCACCAUUCAGUCCGGCGUGGAACCAGUUCUGCCACAUGCACCCACCAGUCUGGCCCUGUCCAAUAUCGAAGCCUUCUCCGUUGUGCUGCAAUUCACGCCGGGCUUUGAUGGCAACUCCAGCAUCACCAAGUGGAAGGUCGAGGGUCAGACAGCGAGGAAUAUGACGUGGUUCACCAUUUGCGAGAUCAGUGACCCCGAUGCGGAGACCUUGACGGUCACCGGCCUGGUGCCAUUCACCCAAUACAGACUGAGGCUGAGUGCCAGCAAUGUGGUUGGCAGUUCGAAACCCUCGGAGGCCACCAAGGAUUUCCAGACCAUCCAGGCCAGGCCCAAGCAUCCGCCAUUCAACGUGACCGUGAGAGCAAUGAGUGCCCAGCAGCUGAGAGUUCGUUGGAUUCCACUGCAACAAACCGAGUGGUACGGCAAUCCCCGGGGCUAUAACAUAUCCUACAAGCAGUUGACGAAGACACCGGGCACCAUCAAAUACCUGCCCCGAUCGGUGGUAAUCGAGGAUCACACGGCCAAUUCGCAUGUGUUGGACGGUCUGGAGGAGUGGACACUGUACGAGGUGAUAAUGAAUGCCUGCAAUGAUGUGGGCUGCUCGAAGGAGAGUGGCACUGCGAUAGAGCGGACCCGCGAAGCUGUUCCCAGCUACGGACCGCUGGAUGUCCAGGCGAAUGCCACGUCGUCCACCACAGUGGUUGUGGAGUGGGGAGAAGUGCCGCGACAACACCGGAACGGUCAGAUUGAUGGCUACAAGGUGUUCUAUGCCGCCGCAGAUCGGGGACAACAGGUGCUGCACAAUACGAUACCGAAUAACGCCACCUUCACCACCACUUUGACGGAACUCAAAAAGUUCGUGGUGUACCACGUCCAGGUUUUGGCCUACACCAGAUUGGGCAAUGGUGCACUGAGCACUCCACCCAUCAGAGUUCAGACCUUCGAGGAUACGCCUGGCGUUCCGUCGAAUGUGAGUUUCCCCGAUGUCACUCUGACCAUGGCCCGCAUCAUUUGGGACGUGCCCAUGGAUCCGAAUGGAGAGAUCUUGGCCUACCAGGUCACCUACACCCUGAAUGGCAGUGCCAUGCUGAACUACAGUCGCGAGUUUCCACCCUCCGAUCGGACAUUCCGGGCCACCGGUUUGCUUCCCGAGAAGUACUACAGUUUCAGUUGUACGGCCCAAACGCGUCUGGGUUGGGGCAAAAUAGCCACUGCCCUGGUCUACACCACAAACAACAGGGAGCGGCCCCAGGCACCGUCCGUUCCGCAAAUAUCACGCAGCCAGAUCCAGGCCCAUCAGAUCACCUUCAGUUGGACACCGGGCAGAGAUGGCUUCGCCCCACUGCGAUACUACACGGUGGAGAUGCGCGAGAACGAGGGCAGGUGGCAACCACUGCCGGAGAGGGUGGAUCCCCUGCUGAGUUCAUACACAGCGCUUGGUCUGCGGCCCUAUAUGACCUACCAGUUUCGCAUACAGGCCACCAACGACCUGGGACCCUCGGCCUUCAGUCGGGAGAGUGUGGUCGUGCGAACUCUGCCCGCUGCUCCGGCAGCCGGAGUGGGAGGUCUCAAGGUCGUGCCCAUCACCACCACUUCGGUGCGGGUGCAGUGGAGCGCCUUGGAGACAGGAAUGUGGAAUGGUGAUGCCGGAACCGGUGGCUACAGGAUUCUGUAUCAGCAGCUCUCCGACUUUCCCACCGCCCUGCAGUCAACGCCCAAGACGGAUGUGCAUGGCAUCAAUGAGAACAGUGUGGUGCUGUCGGAUCUUCAGCAGGAUCGCAACUAUGAGAUUGUGGUGUUGCCCUUCAAUUCCCAAGGCCCUGGACCUGCCACGCCCCCGGCAGCGGUUUAUGUGGGCGAGGCGGUGCCGACCGGAGAACCCAGAGCGGUGGAUGCAGCACCCAUUUCCAGCACCGAAGUGCGUCUACUGUGGAAGCCACCAAAGCAGAGCAUGCAGAAUGGCGACAUCCUCGGCUACAAGAUCUACUACCUGGUCACCUACUCACCGCAAGCCUUGGAGCCCGGCCGCAAGUGGGAGGAGGAGAUCGAGGUGGUCUCGGCCACAGCCACUUCACACAGUCUGGUGUUCCUCGACAAGUUCACCGAGUAUCGCAUCCAGCUGCUGGCCUUCAAUCCGGCCGGAGAUGGACCAAGAUCGGCGCCAAUUACCGUGAAAACGCUGCCGGGAGUACCGAGUGCUCCACUUCUCCUUCGAUUCUCCGAUAUCACCAUGCAGAGCUUGGAGGUCACCUGGGAUCCACCAAAGUUCCUCAACGGCGAGAUCCUGGGUUACUUGGUCACCUACGAAACCACUGAGGAGAAUGAGAAGUUCAGCAAACAGGUGAAACAAAAGGUAUCGAAUACGACACUUCGCGUGCAGAAUCUGGAGGAGGAGGUCACGUAUACGUUCACCGUCCGUGCUCAAACGUCCGUGGAUUACGGGCCGGGUGUGAGUGAAAAUGUGACGACUGGACCCCAGGAUGGAUCACCGGUGGCGCCGCGUGAUCUCAUCCUGACCAAGACGCUGUCCAGCGUCGAGAUGCACUGGAUCAAUGGGCCGUCGGGAAGGGGACCAAUUCUGGGCUAUCUCAUCGAGGCCAAGAAGCGAGAAAAAGGAGAGCCGUCAUUUGUUUACGACUCCCGCUGGACGAAGAUCGAGCAGACAAGGAAGGGAAUGAUGCAGGACUUCACGGUCAGCUACCACAUCCUGAUGCCCUCGACGGCGUACACAUUCCGUGUGAUCGCCUACAAUCGCUAUGGCAUUUCGUUCCCCGUGUACUCCAAGGACUCGAUAUUGACGCCGUCGAAACUUCACCUGGAGUACGGCUACCUGCAGCACAAGCCCUUCUAUCGGCAAACCUGGUUCAUGGUCUCCCUGGCGGCCACUUCGAUUGUGAUCAUAGUGAUGGUCAUUGCGGUGUUGUGUGUCAAGAGCAAGAGCUACAAAUACAAACAGGAGGCACAGAAGACUCUGGAGGAGUCCAUGGCCAUGUCCAUUGACGAGCGACAGGAGUUGGCUCUGGAGUUGUAUCGCUCCCGCCACGGCGUUGGAACAGGCACCCUCAACAGUGUGGGCACUCUGCGCAGCGGCACCCUGGGCACCCUGGGCAGGAAGUCCACCAAUCGACCUCCGCCGGGUGUUCACCUCGGCAAGAGCCCGCCACGCCCCUCGCCCGCCUCCGUGGCGUACCACAGCGACGAGGAGAGCUUGAAGUGCUACGACGAGAACCCGGACGACAGCAGCGUAACCGAGAAGCCCUCGGAGGUGAGCAGUUCGGAGGCAUCGCAGCAUUCGGAGAGCGAGAACGAGAGCGUGCGCAGCGAUCCGCAUUCGUUUGUGAAUCACUAUGCCAACGUGAACGACUCACUGCGGCAGUCGUGGAAGAAGACCAAGCCGGUGCGGAACUACUCCAGCUACACCGAUUCGGAGCCGGAGGGCAGUGCAGUGAUGAGCCUCAAUGGUGGCCAGAUUAUCGUCAAUAAUAUGGCCAGAUCGAGGGCACCACUGCCCGGCUUCUCGUCGUUCGUCUGACAAUCAACCGAGUUCUAAGAUCUAAGCACCAGUAGCAACGGCACCGUCAUCCGCGAGACCUUUGUCUAGGUUUGUCCACGAGGAGGAUAAGGCGGGGGUGGUCCGGAAAUGGGAGACGGAGCUGGGGGCUUGGCUGGGGGCGAUCCAUAUGGAAUAUGGAACAAGGAGGACGAGGACGAGGACAACCACAUAUCAGACUGAUCCAGCAGGACCUCCGGGCCUCAGCCCCUCCAGCUCUCCGACGAUGCGCUGCUACAGGGAUAUAUACAUAUUACUAAAUAACAGACAGACAUUCGGUUAGGUUAUCCUGUAUGCAUUUAGUUUUAGUUUCUAAUUACGAGAGAUCUGAGAUUUGCGAGCAUUUAUGUACUACCCACACUGUGUUGUGUGUUUGUGUUCUAGUGUUUCUGUUUCAACUGAAAAUGUUUUUUAUUCAGAAAUGUCUCUAAAGCCUUUUUAAUCUGUAUCAUUCUUAGACUGAUCUGUAUAGCUAAACAUUUUAAUUUAAGACUGUGGCACUAGAACACCAAUGCAAAACACAGUGGGCGAAGCGCAUUAGUUUUAGCCUGUGUUUCCCACUGUGUUUCCCAGCAGGACUCUGCUCCUAUUUUGUAGUAUUUAUUUACGGGUGUGCAGUGUGAGUGCGGUGCUGUCUGCCACACCUCCAAACAAUGGCAUUUAAUCGAAGGGGCGCGAAUCGAAUUCAAUCCGGAUACGAAUCCGAAUCCGAAAUCGAAUCUUGUGAUAAACCGAUUUCUCGCGCCCGGUAAAGUUUAACAAAUGAUUUCCAAGUGUGUUCAGCGCGUGGCAGGCAGAUUGAACUUUUGAGUGACUGUGAGUGUGAAUGAGCUACAUACGCGUUUAGUCUGGCGCAAUCUCAUUAUUUUUAAAACGACAAAAAAGUUAUGUUUUAAUUUUUAUUUUAUUUUUUUUGUGUGUGCGAAUACAACUAGUUAAUCUAGAAGUUUGAAGGAGGAGACGAAACACCGAUGCAAUCGGUGGUCUGAGUAGAAGAAACCGAGACAAAAAGUUCAAGAGAAACACAAAAAAACACAACAUGAGGAGACAUGCAAACGAAAAACAAAUAAUCAUAUCUUAUAAGCAAAGAUAAAUGUAUUUUUUUUUUGGACAGGCAAACGGAUGAAGGCUAUAGCUAUUGGAAUGAGCAGAAAUCGAACGAAGAAGAAGGCUUAGGAUACGUAUAUUCAUCAGAUACAUUGAUAGGCCAUAUUAAUGCAAUUUCUUUACCACGUAAGCCCACAAACGAAAGCAACUGUAACACACAAAGCAAACAAACAAACGAGCGAGCAAACAUGCAACUAGCAGACCUGCAGCAAACUCAAACAAACGAGGAAAAGAUUCUUUUCGAGCGCAUGCGCAGCAGACUUAGCACUAAGUACGAUCAGUGCGAUCUUAGUAGAUGUAAGAUGCAUUUUUUUUUGUUAGUUGGGCCCAGUCCCUCCGGGGGGACUACGCCCUGGUACUCUAGCUCAUAACUCUUCGAUUGUUCAACCCCCGACGCUUAGGUGUAAUUGUACUUGUAAUUGUAUUUGAAUGCAGUUUAUAUUUAUGACUAUAUUUAUAUAUCGAUGUAUACAUGUAUAUCUAAAAACUUAAA